AUGGGGAACAGCCAGUACAAAGGUGCAGAAGCAGGAGAUGAGGCAUCAUGUAAGGACUUGGUGUUUGUCAUUGGUUUGCCCUUCUGGGCAGAAAGUGUACAGGAGAGGUUCACUUGGCCAUUUGGCCAUGCUCUUUGCUACAUCAUUAAUGGAGUCAUCAAGGCCAACCUGUUCAUAAGCAUCUUCUUGGUGGUAGCCAUCAGCAGGGACCAGUAUUUUGCUCUGGUCCACACCAUGACCAGCCAGAUACAACACAGCCAGAGACAAGCCCAGAUCAUCUGUGCUUUCAUCUGGUUCUUGGGUGGCCUCCUAAGUAUCCCCCCUUUUCUGUUUCAAUCAGUAGAAACUGUCCCAGAUCUGAACGUCUCUGCCUAUAUCCUUCAAUUCCCCCAUAAAGUAUGGUAUUCUAUCAAGAUUAUUGAGCUGAGUGUGGUAGGCUUCAUCCUCCCCCUGACUGUCAUCAUCUUCUUCAACUCUCAGAUAAUAACCUCCCUGAGGGGUCGAACCAAGACCAACAUAAGGAGAUCAGGAAAGACAAAGGACACUAAAGCCACCACUCUGAUCCUUACCCUAGUGACUGUUUUCAUAAUAUGCGAGACUCCAUACAUACAUUGCUUUGCUAUCCUGGAAUACCUAUUCCAUCAUGGCUCCCUAUUAUUGACAUCACUGUGUAGGAAGACGGCACCAGAAGCCACAAUAUAA